UGGAGAGAUGCACUAUAUGGGCAAAAGUUUGUGGACACCUGACCAUAAGAUUUGUGUAUUUAUAACGCUUUCUGCUCCAGGCAUGCUUCAUCAUGGCUCAUUCUAACAAGCUGGAAUAUGUGAGGAAAGAAUUUAUCUGUAACAUCUCUUUCUUUCUCAUUGGUGUGGGGUGACUGAUCUAAAUUGCUGGUUGAAUCAUUUCAAUUAUGCCCAGGUGUUCAUCUCAGCAUCUUGAUUAGACACUUUUUAAACAUUCCGUUCCUGAUUUAUUCCCCAUUUUGCUGUUCCUGAUAAGAACUCUUUUUGGGAAGCCGUUCUGCUAGAUCUUUGCAGUCGUAUGCAGGUGUCAGAACUUUGUGGAAAUAUCUUUAAGAAGAACAUCCAUCUUAUGGGCGAGUUUCUUCCUAAACGUGUGUAAAGAUCUAGUAUUUUUGAGAUCAGGUGCUGAUAAACUGGGUUCACUCGGUGUUCCGGUUCCGGAUUUGUACGAUGAGGUUGAAGUUCCUGCUCUGUGCAGGAAGAGCAUGAGUUCCUCCAACCUUAUCCAGCCAUGGAGUUUGUGCAAAGGAUUGUCCGCGUUGGAGCGUUUUAGAGUACAGUGAAAGGGAAACUCUAUUCCGUGUGAGAACUUUGUUGGAAAGAUCUCCAUGAAGAACAUCAGCCAUCAAAUGAGUGCAAGUUCCUUCCUACUCCACGCUCCCGUCUUAGUGCGUACAGACUUGUGACGUGGCCUGCUCCGAUUGGCUGGAAGUUAUGCCGUCACGCGGAAACCGCGUCAAACAGCGCUGCGUCCUCGUUCUCACGCCGUAGCGGCCAUGUUGCUUCCGCGGGGGUUUGAGGUGGAACUUCUCGACGGAAGAACCUGCGGUAGACGCCACCGGAGCGCUCAUAUGUGCAUAUAAACACGCCGUUCUAACGCGUUCUGGUCGCGCUUAACCGCUCCGCCAUGAGCCGUCCGUCCUCCGCGGGUGGUGCGGCCGGAGGACUCGGAGCAGGCAAAGCGGGAGGAAACAAGCACGGAGGCUCGGGAGGCGGUGGCGGUGGAGGUAGUGGAGUUGGAGCAGGAGUAGGAGUAGGAGCCACCAGCGCUACAGCAGCGGCAGGCGCCCUGUCGGGCUCAGUGGCUGGCUCGGUCCCCGCGGUGGCAACCGUGGCCCUGCCGCACUCCGCCCUGGCCGGACAGUCCGCGGAGCUCACCGCGCUGUUCGAGUGUCCCGUGUGUUUCGACUACGUGCUGCCGCCGAUCCUGCAGUGUCAGGCCGGACACCUGGUCUGCAACCAGUGCCGGCAGAAGCUUAGCUGCUGCCCGACAUGCCGCGGCCCGCUCACCCCGAGCAUCCGGAACCUGGCCAUGGAGAAGGUCGCGUCCACGCUGCCGUUUCCUUGUAAGUAUGCAUCGGCAGGUUGCCUGCUGUCGCUGCACCACAGCGAGAAGCCAGAGCACGAGGAGGUGUGCGAGUUCCGCCCCUACACCUGCCCCUGCCCAGGUGCGUCUUGCAAAUGGCAAGGUUCCCUGGAGGCAGUCAUGCCUCACCUCAUGCACGCCCACAAAUCCAUCACCACGCUUCAAGGCGAGGACAUCGUCUUCCUGGCGACAGACAUCAACCUGCCUGGCGCCGUGGACUGGGUCAUGAUGCAGUCCUGCUUCGGACACCAUUUCAUGCUGGUGCUGGAGAAGCAGGAGAAGUACGAGGGCCACCAGCAGUUCUUCGCCAUCGUGCUCCUUAUUGGCACUCGCAAACAAGCCGAAAACUUCGCCUACCGUCUCGAGCUGAACGGCAACCGCAGACGGCUUACGUGGGAAGCCACGCCACGGUCCAUUCACGACGGUGUAGCAGCGGCAAUCAUGAACAGCGACUGCCUCGUCUUCGACACCUCCAUCGCCCACCUGUUUGCUGACAACGGAAACCUGGGCAUCAACGUCACCAUCUCCAUGUGCUGAGGUGCACAGGAUACCGUUUCCCAGGGACUGAACGUUGUAGCUCGACACCGCCGAGGGUCGAGUGUGUAAAUGUGUCUUUGCAACAAUUGUUCCUCACGAGAGAGCGGUUCAACACCUCCGGUCCACGAGCGGCGUACAGGAACGUGGCCUCGUGUACACCUGUCCACAGCCGAGACUCCGUACGCUUUGGUCCAUCGGUGGGGGGGUUCUUGGGGAAAUCCGAGCACGGCUGCUUAACAAAAACACGUGAUGUGAAAUAUUUGCACUGACUUCCAAAACCGUAUCACGACCGUACAGAUGCUAGAAAUGUGGUCUACACGGCGGGAAUAAAGGUAACUUGACAGCACUUGUGAGCGCCCCCCUCUGGUCUGGCAGGCAAAAUGCAUGACUUCUUUCGCAGAUUUCAGAAACAUCUCACCACCAACCACCACAUGAUCAUGAGUGAAACUUGAGCGACGUUGAUGAUCUGUCAGUGGGAUUUCUCUACGAUCCCCCUGCAGAUUCUUUCUCCAGAUCCUCCAGAGCCAAGGUUUUCGAAAUAUUUAAUCAAGCGAAAUAAAUACAGCCGGUUUUGUCUCCACCCCCCCCUUUUUUUUUUAAUGCUAAUACCAGAUUUCGCUGAAAUAAAUCCUCAUAUACUGUA